AUGGCUUUUAAAAUCUCGUGUCCCCCAGACGUAUCACCAAGCAGCCGAGUGGUAGCUGUCUGCGGUGUGACCGACCAUGAGGGUCAAGCCUCACCAAGCGACGAUGAGUGUAUUAGCGACUUUUAUUUAUUCCACCAUCUACUAUCGCCCAAGAGUGCUAUAGCAAAGAACCAGGUUUGGCUCACGGUUGAAAACCCAGAAGACCUAGUACGAAAAUACGGCGAGUAUGCACAUGGGGAUCCCCGAAAAGAGAGAAGAGUCACACUAGAUAAAGAUACCCUGGGGAAUAUGAAAAACAUACAGGUAGUUCCUCGUCCAGAUCUUCUUGAUCGUUUCCUGUCCACGCUCCGGAAACAAGCUCUUGUAGCGGCCGAACGACAGGAACAACUCAUUGUUUUUAUUUUCAGCCAUGGAGAUAUCGACACAUAUGGAGUACACCUCGGCAGCCUCACGGAAAACCCAAACAAAUACCAUUUACUGCUCAUGAGAGACUUUACUCAUGUUAUCCCUAAAGAGACAAAAGUGACCUUGUUCACGGCUUCCUGUUACUCUGGGGGUUGGCUAGCCCAGACUAACGCUAACACGGCACGGUUUCUUAAUGGCAUCACUGGUUCCAGGGCCGAAACAGAAACACUCUCUUCAUCCUUUAGCCGCAGCGUUGGCCGAGCUUGCGGCAGUAGUAUCGCAUGGGCUAUCUUGUGGUCCGUCAUGGAAAUCGAGGAAGAGGGCGAAGACAGGAUGGAUGUCCUUACGCAUCCGACUUAUAUGGAUUUGGCAUAUUCUAUCUUGGAAUCGAUUUCCAACAUCCAUUCUGAGCAAUAUAUCCACUUCUCGGCCGAAAAUGAUGAAUGGGAGACACGCUGUGGAAAACGUAAAGGCUUUCCCCUGAAGUAUUUCAAGGAAAGGUGGGAGACUCUCCGCAUCAUUUCACCAAGCGAUACCAACAGCCCUGAGUUGGGCUCGAGCAGAUGGAUAACAUUUCAGUCCUCAAUAGAUCGAAAAUUGAGACAUCGAGCUGUUGAAUACCUCUCAUCAAAGCCUGGCGCCGAUAACAUUAGCAAUAAUGUUUGGAUACAUUCAAGAUUGCGCCGGUAUCUGCAAGGCGAACUACAACUUGACGAACAGGGCACUUUAGACCUCUUAAACUUGGUUUUAUACCGCCUCAGUCUUCUUCAGGGGGCAGACGAGUAUAUCCAGAUCAUGGGUAUCGAAGCCCCCAGCAUCAAGGAAUUCGAAGUCGACCAAUGGAAAGUAGAAUGGGAGAAAAAGGAAAAGAGAGACGACUUGUUCAGGUAUAUCUUACAGGCUCGGCUUUUUGACCCUCCCAUGAUAGGCCUGUAUUACUCAAAACCGGCAGUCUUUCUGGCAAUUGCUCUUGUUGAGACUUGUCAGAGCCGCAAGGAAGCCGAAGAUAAGGUAUCAUUGGCCUUGGACGCUAAGUUCCUAAGAAUGGAAAAUAUUAUUGCUCAAGUACCUGCUGAGCAGGUCAUCGAUGAUGCGCAGGUUACCAAAGACGGUAAAACGUUCUUCCAAGAGAUGAAAAAACUCGGUCAUAAGGUCAGAUUCAAGGGCCUUGAGGGCGACAGCCCAUCGAGGUUAUGA